GUGGAGCGCAGGUGUGUAAGGCUUGGAGGUGUAGUAGGCAGGUGGAGCUGGUGCGGUGGUUUUUUUUUUUUUUUGCCUGGAAGGGAAGGAAAGGAAAGGCAAGGAAUGGAGUUUGUGUUGGGGUCCUUGAGAUACUACUUAUAUGCUGGAGGAUACUUGUUCAGCCAUGUUACCUGGAUGAAAAAGAAUCGAUGCGUAUAAGGAUUAAUAAUGGGAGUCUCGAUUAAAGUGUUUAAACUUUCGUAGGCAAGGGCAAACGCUAAAGAUGACAAAGGACGCAAACAAACUAGAUCUGAGCUUCCUCGAUGAGGAUGAAGCGGAUAGCAUUCUACAAGUUCUAGAAAGGGAUGAAAUGUUGAGAAGAGCGGAGAAGGAAAGGUUGAGCAAACUCCAAAAGCCAAAGCGGGAAAUGAAGUGGUUCCAAGCACUUACUGGACAGUGGUUUGAAGACAUGCAAAAAAAGAAGUACCGGAAUGAAACGGACAUCAACAGCUUAGUCAAACAACCCCUAACCUACAGAGUGAAGAAGAAAACAAGGGAGGAUCAAAAGCUAGACCAGAAGUUUACAAGAUCGAAGAGUCAACCAGUUAACAGUGAUGAAACACUCCCUGUGACCACACGACGGUCUCCACUGAGUUUGCUUUUCUCCUUCAGAAAGCAGAGAGCAAAGCAAUUGGAACAGCAAAUAGAGAAUGCCAAUGCUACAGAGCUGUCAUCAGAACUACAAGACAUCAGACAGGUAAGAAGAUACAUGGUUUAAAAAUAUAU